UAUGAAAUAAGUGUGUGUGCUGUGCUGUGGUGCGAAGUGUUGCCACCAUGUCGGCGGAGGGGGAGUUUGACUGCAUAGUGAUUGGGGCCGGUGUCCAGGGUUCCUUCACGGCCUAUCAGCUGGCAAAAAGGAACAAGAAGACGCUCCUGUUGGAGCAGUUCAUCCUGCCCCACACCCGAGGGAGCUCCCAUGGCCAGACCCGAAUCAUCCGCAGGGCCUAUGAUGAAGACUUCUACACCCACAUGAUGAGGGAGUGCUACGAGCUGUGGGCUCAGCUGGAGAGGGAGACGGGUGUCAAACUGUUCAGACAAACGGGACUCCUGGUGAUGGGACCAGAGAACAGUCAGUAUUACACCACAGUUAAGAACACCCUGCUAAGGAACAAGGUUCCUCUGAUGGUCCUGACCCAUGAAAACUUCAGCCAGCACAUCCCUCAUGUCAAACUCGCAGAGGGUGAUGAAGCAGUGGUGGACAUAACUGCUGGAGUUUUGUAUGCGGACCGUGCCCUCAAGACUGCACAGGGACAGUUUCAGAAGUUGGGUGGGGUCAUAAGAGACAAUGAGAUGGUAACAGAUAUCGAGCCUGGCCCUGUUGUGACAGUGUCAACCUCUGCCGGCGUUUAUCGAGCUAAGAGUGUGGUGAUCACCGCUGGACCCUGGGCUAACAAACUGCUAUCCCACACUGGAUUACAGCUGCCACUUGAGGUGCUGAAGAUCAACGUGUGCUACUGGAGAGAGAAAGUUAUAGGAUCAUACAAUGUGAAGCAGCGCUUUCCCUGCUUCUUGCUGACUGAGGGUGAGGAGUCUAAUGAACACAUCUAUGGCCUCCCAUCUAACGAGUACCCAGGCCUGGUUAAGAUAUGUUACCACAUGGGUAGUGUGGCAGACCCAGACCAGAGGGACAUGCAGAGAGACCGAUCUGAUAUUGACAUCCUUCAGCGUUUUGUCACACGCUGUAUACCUGGCCUGGUCCCUGAACCUGCUGUGGUGGAGAGCUGCUUGUAUACGAUAACACCUGACCGUCAUUUUGUGAUUGACACACACCCCACCUGCAGCAACAUUGUCAUUGGAGCAGGAUUCUCAGGUCAUGGAUUCAAGUUUGGACCAAUCAUUGGCAAGCUUCUGUGUGAACUCAGCUUGGGAGAAACGCCCUCGUAUGACCUCUCACCUUUCAGAAUCAGGCGCUUCCUAGAAAAUACCAAAUCAGCUUUAUAGAGCCGGGACUGGAUAUUCAGAAAAUCUGCUAAUCAUCAAGAAGUUUUCAUUAAUUGUAACUGUAAUAUGAUUUUGUCAUGAUAAUUUAGCCCCAAGUUGUUACUUAAGUAACAAGGUUAGCUAUUAAGCACCACCUCAUUCACAUUGGCUUGCUGAGAGCAAGAGAUGAAGAGAUCUAAUCCAUUUCAUGCGUGUGCACUAAAUAUGAAGUUACAGGACGUGAUUAGCUUUGCUUAUCUUAGCAUAUAGACUGGAGGCACAAGAAAACAGUAGCUUGGCUGUGCUCGUAGUCUAAAAAAAUGUGCCAACAAGCAUUUUUUUUAAUUUUACUAAUUGACAAAUCUCAUUUGUUUAGUCCAACAGAAAGGCAAAUAAAAAACCGUGAGAUACAUGAUCAAACUAUGCCUCGUACAAAUGUAGAACACAACACUACAUGUCAUUCUGUAGUUCUUUCUGUAUGAUUAGAAAGAAGAUACACAUGUAUAGUAAUGACAUUUAGAGAUACUCGAACUGUUUCUUCAGAUGUCAUGUAUAAAAAGAGGGAGAAAAGUUUUUUCUGUAUUGGGUAUAGAGGGCAUCAGAUGAAAUCGAUUUCCCCUUCACUUGGUGAAAGCUGCUUCUGCUUUCUAUAUAUGCAACUGUGUUUAAUAAACUUUUAAGAUGUAUGCAUGGUUACGGCAAAGAAAUUAUUGCUGUGACAGCAAGGCAACAGGUUAGGAGAUAUCAUUUCAUGUGGCAAUGUGAACUUGUAUUCAAGGUAAUUACAUUUGAAUUCUGAUUAAAACCAAAAUUGAUACAAGGUAGCCACUACAAGUCAAUGCCUUAGCUGUGUGUGAGCCUGAAUAUUGUGAUUUCUUAGAAUAACCAAGUUUCAUGUGUUCAUGUACACCUACUGAAUCAGGAAAAAGAAGUAACAACCUGUAAAAUAAGUCACCUAGUUGUUCCCCAAAGCAACAAGAAUAAUAUGUAAUGAACUUGGAAUAAACUAAUGCUGCCUUGAUUUUGACAAAAGGAAUUUGCAUCAACAACUAGAUUCUGACAUCAUUGUGCAAUUGUAAAAUCACCCAUCUGUGACAUAGAACAAUUAAAGAGGCUAUAAUCUUA